CCAACACGCCAAAAUACACGGGGAAAAAAUAAAAAAUACAGAGCCGUGAGCUGGUUCGGACGUGUUUUGGUGUCGCUCGUGCUAUUUUCCAGUUUUAAUUGCCUUGCGGGAAAUAUUGCGCUAGCGCGCGUGUGUGUUUGUGUCCGUGUGUAACUGUGUGUGUGUGUGUACCUGUUCACGAUGAAAUAUUUUCGCGUUUUGCGGCGGCGGAUGAAGGACAUUCUGGUGUGCGACGAGUGAAAGCAGCGUGCCGUCGGAAGCAGACCAGCGUCACAGUGUCCAAGCGGUUUUUUCGGCAAGGGUUCGCUGACCAUAAUUCCCAAGCAUUCCAGUUCAAUCCACCUUGUUAAGCAGUGCACAAAAAAGGAUCCACAGAGAUAGCUUGUGUGUGUGUGUGUGGGUGCAUAAGUGAGUGUGUAUAGUGCGGGAGGGGGAGGAAAUGUUUUAAAAAUUGGGCCACAUUCUCAAAAAAAUAGAGCUCACAGCAUCCCCAGAGUGUGGCAGUGCAAAAGUAGAAGAAGAAUAUCCUUCCUCAUCGUGUGUGUUUGUGUGUGCGUGUGUAUAUGAUCUAUUUGUGUUUGUGUGUGUACGCGUGUACCUCGUGCUUUGCGUUGCCCAAAAUGCGGCAUUAAGGGAAGCAAGUGCGGUUCGUCGUUUGCGGAUAAGUUGGGUCGGUCGAGGCAGCAGCAACCAGCAGCCAGCUACCAGCCAGUCAACACCACUUGCACACCCCGAAAAUACACGCACGCUCACGUGUUAGUGUGUGUCGGUGUGCGCGCGAGUCUGUUGGGGGGUAAACGAAGCGGUGUUUGUUCGCCCGGUGUUUGGCGGAGCACGACGACGAGGCACGGUCGACGCGCGAAGUGCGCGAGAACAGCGUCAACCCCAGCUUCAACUCCCGCAGCGACGCGAUGCAGUACGGGAACGUGAUCAUGGAGCAUCAUCAGCCCGCACCGUCCUUCCUGGUGCAGCUGCUGCACUCGGUGCCGCACAUCAACAUCACGCUGCACCGGGUCAACGAUACGUUCAAUCCGAACAGCACCGUCUACACCGAGAGCCUUGGCAUACUGGCGUCCAUACCGGCCGCGCUGCUGAUCAUUUCGCUCGUGUUUCUGCUGCUGUAUCUGCUGACGCGCUGCUGCGAUCGGAAGCCGCGCAAACCGAAGUCGCACGGCUGCCAAAAGUGCACGCUGAUCUUUUUCGCCAUCAUCUGCUGUGCGGCGAUCGGUCUCGGCCUGUACGGCAACGACGAUCUGCACAAUGGGGUGCUGCAGAUCUUCGGCUCGGGCCGCAAGAUCGAGCAGCUGAUACUGAACGUGCGGAAUCAGACGGAAAUGGUAAAGCAUAACCUUAAGUCGAAGGUGGUCCUGUCGGAACUGGAGCAAAUCUUUGAGCAGCCGCCCCAUCGGCCGAAUGUGACUGCCCUCUACAUGCUGCACGACACGGUUAAGAUGGCCAAGGACAACACAACCUUCGCAAUCAACGCACUGGAAACGAUCGUCUAUCUUACGCGCCCUGCGUAUACGGACAUUACGCUGAAAAGCUUGCUGGAUACCUACGAGUUUUACGAGGAGCUACGGUGGCCCAUCACGCUCGGCUUUCUGACUUUCCUGUUACUGCUGUGCAUCAUCCUGAUGAUUGGAGCGACGCGGAGCUCCCGCUGCGCCCUGAUCUUCUUCAGCGUCUGCGGACUACUGGCCGUCACCGUGUGCUGGCUGCUGUCCGGCAUCUACUUGGCUAGUGCUGUCGCGCUUGGCGACUUCUGCAUGAAACCGAACGACUUUAUAUGCAGCCAUCCAAAGCUGAAAGACGUGCAGUACACGUACUGCAGCACCGUCGGCACCAACCGGUACGUGCUACGGCUGAACGAGUCGAAAGUUCACGUGGACCGCGCCAAAGAGUCGCUCGAGACGGUGACCAGCAUCGGCAUGGACCUGUACCCGGGCAUCCAGAUCAGCUCAAAGGUGAACAAGAUCAAUGGGGAGCUCGAUGACAGCAAGCGCCAGCUGACCGCCCUCUCCGUCAUGCUGGACCGUCGCACCGUGGCCGAACACUAUGCGGACGCCACGCGCAGCCUGUGCGAGGGUGGCUUACUCGGGCUGACGCUAAUGCUGCUGGCCAGCUUAGUGUCGGCGGCCAUUCUUAGCUUACUCGUGUGUGUCGAUUCGCACACCUGGAUUUAUCUGACGAAAAAACGACCAGGAUAUGAGGAUAAGGCAGAGACGACUCCACUCUUUCCGGCCGGCGCCAACGCUUCGCCCGCCGCACCAAUAAUUGCGUCCGGCACAAUGACGGUCAACCGGACGCUGCUGCACGCCCAAACUGCCACCAGCAAUGGGUCAACGGGAGGUGCUGCUGGAGCGGGGGCCGGCACCGGCACGCUCAUCCCGACCAGUGGCCGUAACGGCACCACACACGGAAUGCGCGGGUUUGCAUCCUAUAGUGGCGAUGAGUCACCGCCACCAGAUUAUAACGUUGUGGUGCAUGAUAACAACAGAGCAUCUGGGCAUCACACUCUUGGUCGGCUACCGUCGCAACACGCUCCCAUGAUGGGUCCGAACAAUGGCAAAUAUGCUACCCUAAGUAAACAGUGCAAAACACUCGAAUCGAACGAUUAUAAGAAACUGACAGCAUCUACCGCAACAUUAUCCGACAAAGAUCCGCGUGACAUCUCCAACAAUGGGUUCAAUCGCUUCGACCCGAAAUAUGUCAGCAUCGGACCGAAAGCCAUCCGCAACACGGUCAACAACGUAACGGCGAACGUAAACAAGUGUGCUACGCUGCGUCACGGUGGGCGGUACGGUGGUUCGCUGAGCGUUAGCGCGGGUAUAGGUGGUAGCGGAAGCCAUCAUGGUUCGACCGGUCUGGGUGGUGCUCGCUCGGGCACAAGCCCGAGCCCGAAUCUCAAAAACGUUCAGCAACCAAUGCUGAGCCACAGCCAAACGCAGCAAUACAAGCAGCACCAUCCGGAACGCCAACUGUCGGCUUCCGGGACUGGGUCGGCAAACGCGGCCGGCGGUGGUGGAUCAGACCGCACCGAGCAGAAGCUCGCAAUUUCAACCGUAUCGAAAGAGUACAGCCAGCAAUCGGCCUCUUACUCGUGUGCCACACUGCCGUACAAGAAACCGGGCAGCGGGUACACUGAAACGUCCAUUGCACCCUCACCAGUAACCACGUCAAUAUUGAAGAAGGAAAGCAAUCUGGAUAGCCAGCAUAACCAGCGAUACGCCCCAACAGUGUACAGUAUCGACACUUCCGCUUAUCACCAUCAGAGGGAAGGCAGUGGUGGUGGCGGUGGCGGUGGCGGUGGGUUCCAUCACCAUUCGUCCCAACCAUCACACCACCAGCAGUCGCUGGCGCUAGCUCAGCAACAGUCUCAGCAACAGUAUCUGCAGCAACAACUGCAACAGCAACUGCAACAGCAGCAGCAACAACAACAGCAGCAACAACAACAGCAGCAACAACAACAGCAGCAGCAGCAACUGCAACAACAACAACAACAACAGCAACAAACACACCACAGAUCGCUGUCCAGCACGAAUCAGUUGUAUCAGGAGACGGGCGCGGGCUCUGCAUUCGCUAGUCCACCGCCAUCGAUUGCGUCCACAGCGACGACCCGCUCGAAUGUGUCGAUCAUUAACCAACCACUGCCAGACAUUCCGACCAGUGCUGGUGGUGGUGGUGGCGGUGGUGGAAGUAGCUCAAUCAAAAACAGCCAACAGCCGCUUUGCGCCGCCACGCUGAACCAGUACCGUUCGCUGCAGCGACCGCACAAGCAGCAAACCGGCAGCAGCGGGCUCUCCACGCUAGCGACCCCGACGGGAAAACCGACCGUUCCACCCAAGGUGACCCCACCGAUGCUGCCACCGAAGAACCGGCACAAAGACGACGCACAGUACCAAACGAAGGCCGCAGCAAUGGCGUCCGGUUCGGGCGGGUCCGCAAUGACGCCGCCACUGCCAUCUUCCCGGCCACAGCAACCGUUACCUCAACCACCUCCACCGCCGCCAGCGCAAUCGCUUCACCAUCACCACCACAGCCAGCCGGGAGGGCAGCAAAGCAAGGCACAGUCCUACGGUAGCGGCAUGAGCAUCUCGAGCAAUUUCAACGCCAUCCAGCAGCAGCUGCAGAACCAGCUCCACUUCAAGCAGUACCAUCAGCUCACGCAGCAACCGUGGCAGCGCGAACAGCUGCCCCAGAAUGUAGCGAACAGCAGUAGCACGUUUGGCAAUUACGAGCGCCAACAGGCCGGGCACGGGACAAGCAGUCGCAACCGGUCGUACUCCGGGGGCAGCAGUAGCACCGACCAGGCACCGCACUCCUCCUCCAAACCGAGCAAUAUCGAGAAGGCCAAAAACCAUCAUCACUCGUCAUCCGGUUCGGCCCAGCCGGCACCCACCGGUGGAGGUUCGAUGGUGGCCAACUAUCAGACGCUUCCGAAAAAUCACCAUCAUCACCAUUAUCCACAACAGCAGCAGACACAGCAAGCACAGCAACAGCAGCAGAAGCAACAACAACAUCAACAACAACAGCAACAACAGCAACAACAACAACAUUACCUACAACAGGGUCAAUCGAAUUCGUUCGGUUCCACCAACAGUGGUGGUCAACAUCAGCCGCAACCGAAGAGCAUCCUCAGCAAAACACGUCCCAACGAAACGCGCGAACGGGAGCAGCGCGAGCGGGAACGCGAACAGCGGGAAAGGGAUCGGGAACGGGAUCGGGAUCACCACCGUGAACGGGACCGGGAUCGCGACAGGGAUCGUGAUCGAGAUCGUGACCGGGAUCGUGAUCGAGAUCGUGAUCGGGAUCGUGAUCGAGACCGCGACCGGGACCGUGAUCGUGACCGUGAUCGGGACCGUGAUCGGGACCGUGAUCGGGAUCGUGAUCGGGAUAGGGAACGCAACCGUGAUCGCGAACAUCGAGAACGAGACCGUGAACGUGGUGAUCGGGACAGAGAGCAUCGCAACCGGGAGCGUGAACGGGAAAAGGAUCCGGACCGGCACGGUGAGCAUGCCGAACGUAGCCACCAUCAUCGAACCAGCCACGAGUAUCAUCAAGACCCUAGCCACGGAACGCAGGCGAACAAUAAAAACCCGAACGUUUACUACCGUUCCCUGCAGCGCGGCGGUCUGCAAGCCAAUAACGAUCUCUACUCUGUAACAGAAUUGUGAGAAAGGUUUGACUUUUAAGUUUGUUCUUAUGCUGCUUAAGUUCAACUUGCUCAUCUCCAUCCGACUACCACCACCACUACUACUACUAUUACUACUACUACUACUUCUACUACUACUACGAACAUAUGCCCUCGAUCGAUCAUUGGCGAUCAACUUUAAACGUGGGCUAUCGCGUUCGGUACGCCCUCUAGAGAGCAGGUUUCUCAUUGCGGCGUGUCGAUAUAGAUGCCCCCGUUUGGUAUCACCCGAAAACCUUUUCUACGUCCAGCCUAGGAAGUUUUGUCGAAUCCAUUUACCCUUUCACUCGCGUUCUUAUAAAUUAUACCAAAAUUUCCGAUUUGAUAUAUAUAUCGAACAAAAAUCAAUGCUCAUACGUAACGCGACGUAGCUCGGGACAGCACUAGCACUUUCUCUGCGGCACCGAGAAAGCAGUCCUACCAGCAAUAGAAUAGUGAGAUAAGCAAAACACAAAGCAAAAUAAACGAAAAGAAAUUCAAUGCAAAUUUUAAUACACAACCUCGAUAGGAACAAACAUCGCGACAACAUAUAUAUAGUAAGCAAGCCUAUAAUAGUAACGUGUUGCCUACGUUGCGACAUGUUCUCUGUUGUCUGGGCAAAAAGGCGUUUGUGGCCAAAACCGAGCAAAAUGAAAUGCGAAAAGGAAAAAAAAACUGUGCUGUUAUGAUGAUGCACCGGGCGGCAUUUGCGGGGAGAAGCGUAACGUAAAGAAAAUUCUAACGAACCAAAAAAAGAAAGAAAGAAAGAAUUCAACUCUCAAUUUUUACACCAGCUAUUGUUGUCAUGGGCAAUGUGGUACGUCACUCUUCUGUACAUAGAAAGCAAACAAAGGGAAAAGAGAAAAGCGGAAAAAGACUCAAGCGGAGUGCGGAUACAUUUUACUGUUAAUGUUAUGAAUUACUGUCUUGUAAGACUAACGUAGUGCAACCAGAAAUUAAAGCAAAACAUAUAAAUAGGAAAGAUCUCUUUACUCUAUGAAACACAAUAGAAACUUCAAAUUAAAUUCGCCAAACAUAAGCAAACAAAUGAGACAAAACAAAGGGAGAAACGGAAACGGUUUGCACAGUUAGGAAGGAACACACCAGUUAUGAAUAGCUUUGUGAAGAACCAUUUCGAUCGAGACACAUUUCUCCAAUGGAGCAAACACCGGUGGUGUAAAAACAAUUUUUCUAACGAGUCAAACAAAUUUGCCAACAAGAGUAAGGCAGACAAUUGCUCCGCACUUGGUGAGACAGUUUCAAGUCUUGGGAGUAAACUAUUGGAAACAAAAACAGCAAAUUCGAACCAUGAAACGUUUUAACGAAUACCAGCAAUAUGGAAACAUAUUAGGGCGCAAAGAGAGAUUAGGCAGGUGCAACCAUGAGUCCCCAUCAAUGGGUAUUGAUGGGACAAAAAUGAAACGAACAUUGCACGUAAAAUAUUCUAAGCGAUCGACCGCUCGACCUUUACAAGUUGGAAGUUAAGCAAUUACAAACACACAAACACCUAUUUCUCCACUUUUUGGUAGAAAGAUUUUUCGUUUUUUUUCAGUUUUCGUCAAAGCAAAGCAUAAAUAUGUUGCUCAUAUCUACACGUGUAUCUUCCGUUUUUUCUUCUUUUUUUCAUUCAUUUGUUUCAUUUAGCAUUUAGCUUCACUCCACUACCAAUUCAUUAUAUUUACCCUACUUGCGUCAGUUUUCUUAUCUAGCUUAUUUGUUGCCUUUCAAGCAUUUAGUUAGUUGUCCUAAGUUUAGCCUUUAAUGUUAUAUUGUUCCAAAUAAUACGUAGUCUGAGCAGUGGGUGCGUGUGUAUGCGCCUACACUAUGAUGCAAAAUACGCAAGGGUAAUGUUAGAAAGUUAGAAGUAAAGAAAACAAACAGAAAUUUUUAUACCAAAUCACGUUAAGAAAAAUGAGGAAAAAUUAUAUAGAUCUUAAAAAAUAAAAAUAAAUUAAGCGUAUCAAGCGCAUUCUCAUAAGUAUGUAUCAAUUCCACGAUAGAUGAGAGACUACUAGAGACCGUUAGCGCGGGAUUAGGGAUUAUUAGGUAACCGUUACACCCAACACAGCAUAUACACGAUCACAUUCACACAUACACAUAUACAACCACACACACACCACCAAGAAACAGGCAUAAACGCUACGAGCGUCUCUUGCACACCGGACAAAGAAGAAGGCAGGUAAUUAAAUACAAUGAUGCAUUAAUUAAUUCUCGAAACAAAUCAAAUUCUAAUCAUAGUUGAUGAUAAAAAAAAGAAAGACAAAAAAAACCAACCCAGAAACACAAGAAAUCUCGUUGCAAAAGCAUUACAUUCAAAAAGCGAUAGGCGCAUGUGUAUCGUGUAACAUUAAUAUUAAGCAUAUUGAAAAACGCAUUACAACAAGCAUUAAAAACGUUACAACCGGAUAUAGACGAACAAGUUGAAGUGGAGUGGACCGAAACACAGAAAAUAAGAGAGAAGCGAGGGAGAGAGUUAAUGAAGAAGUAAUGAUCGUUUGCACGUAAGCAAAGUAGUUUAGCUGUUAGUCAGUGACACAAGAAUACUGCCAUUUUUUCAAAUGGCCCAAUCCGUAAAAAGUCAUGGAAAAUAGGGACAGCAAUGGCCAUCAAAAGGUGAUGCUCCGUAGGUAUAUAGAAGGCUGUCGAAAGAGCAGGAGUCCUUCACAGCGAGGGAAACCAUUCAGCUGGAAUACGCAUAAAACGAACGAAUCACGAAUGAGCUGUGGUCGAUGGAAUGGAACCGUGAAGCGCUAAAGCAGUUAGUGAGAGCAAAAACAAAAAACAAAAGCAAAACAAAGCAAUGUUUCGAGAGAUAGUGCUGACGCUCAAUACGAAAUGGUGCAAAGCAGUUACACGAUGAUCGUGCCCAUACACAGGUGCAUCCUUCCGCAGCCACACAACACAACACGGUGGACGGUAUAGAAAACACUGCGUCGGCGAACAACUGAUGAUAACGCAAUGGUGAAGAAGACCGUAGGUAUUUGCAAGCAUUUUUCGGGUCAAUUUACUCUACUGUAUAAGGGCGGCAGGGUGUGAAAUGUAAAAAAAGCUAUUGAAAUCCUUAGUCGUUAAGUAAGAGGAGCUACAAUCAGCCAAAAGACAAACGAACGAACGAGCGAUCGAGCGAGCGUAGUUGCGGAAGCUUUGGGUUUUAAUUGUUGGACAGCUCCCUGUGGUUGGUUUUACGUUUUUGCCACUUUGCUCUCUCAUCAGCAACCACACAACACUGUUUCACGCGGCCCUUGCCGGCGUUGGUGCACCCUCAGGCGUGGCGUAGUAAUGUUACAGUAUUUUAAAUUGACUUCUAAACGCGGGCAGAAGUGAUACACUGAAUGUGGCCCGUGGCAAAUGACAAUGAUUUUACAACAGCUUCAGUUGAUUCAAGAUGCCGGCUUUUAAGACGAGAUGAUGAUUGGCGCUAGACCGAAAACUCACCGUACCCGUAGUCUCAUCUCAUGAUGUACGUGUAUGUGUGUGUAUUUUCUUUUUUUUAAGUUCCGCCUAGUAGACUGAAACUAAGAGUUAACGAUGCGAAAUGGGAAAGCAUGAUAGAGGGACUGGGGAGUGAACAUCCAGUGAAUGUGAAGGUGGGAAGCACAAUGAUGAGUGUAAUAGAGGGAAUACGGCAGUGUUGUAAGCAAAGGAGUGAAGUUGGGGGGGGGGGGGUUGUACUGUUGGGUUUUAAAAGCUAAAAUUUAACCAAUCCAUAGAUAAACCAAGUUUCCAAGUUUAUGGACCGCACUGGCAGCAACUUCCGUGAAUCUGUAAAAAAAAACAUGAAAAACCACACACCAACUGAGCUUUUCGAUAUCAGGCAACAAUUAAAUAUACAGGAAGCAAGCAAACACACACACACACACACACGCCAUGUAUUAAUUUAGCAUCCGGUGGCAUUGACUCGCUCCUUUCGCGAGAGGAGGAUAAUAUUAUAUUUUUUUCCCGUUACAACUGUCCUUUGAUUUAAAACCAUUGUAUUAAACCAGCAAAUAGUUUUCUGAGUUUGAAGCAAACGAAAAAAACAAAACAACAUUAACGACAUUAACUGGCUCAAAAGGGAGAAAAAAAACUAUAGAUGAGCGACUCAGGCGUAUUACGGUUAUGAAAAGAAAAAGGUAGAAAAAAAACUUAUAAAAAAAUGUAACAAAACAAACAUGAAGAAGAAGAAGGAGAUAAAUAGCAAUUCCAGCCGCGGAAGCACUUGGUAAACUGUUUGAAGAACAUGUAGAUUAUGUCAAAACUUUUAGGACUUAUUAUAGUACAGUAAGCGUAAGAGAGAAGCAAGUAAAAGAGACGCAAACCUUGUUAAGCAAAGAGCAGCGCAAGUUUCGUUGUGCAGAUGGCAGUUGGAGGAGCAGGGCCAGAACGGAUGAUGUCCUUCGACGGUAUCUGGAUAGCCUGGUGUCCCGGUUUUACACUGAGCAUAGACAUGGAAGGAGGAGCGAUUGAAGAGUGUGUGUGCGCGUGUGGUCGUUACAGUAGACCGAUUGUUUAUGCUGUGUGAUGUUGCUAGUUUAUGAAGGGUGCCAUCUUGAAUAGACAUGAACACAAAUAAUCGUAAUUUUAGGACACGCAGAAUGCGAAAGCACGUGCGCAAGUUUCACGACAGAGACGAGCAGCGCACUAUAGUAUAGCAGCACUCGGGGUUCCGUUAAGUUUAAAUUUUAAGUGCUCGUUGUAAUUCGAUUAUUUUUUUGUAUUUUAGUAGUUAGUUUGUGUAUAGCUUUUAAGCUGAUUCAGUUUUAUGUUGCAACUGAUUUUUGUCGUGAUGAAGAAGAUAAACCAAGAGUUCGAACGGGGAACGGACCGGAUUUCAAUUCAGCUGCAGCAUUGUGUGUUUUCCUUUUCGUAUGUGCGCAUGUAAACCAGAGCCGGCCGGUGCACGUGCUGAGUUCGGGUUUUUUUUUUUUUUAUUGCAUUAGUCAUUAGUAAAGGAAGCGAUAUUUAUUUCCUGUACAACUUCACUUGUCCGUGCAACACAUUGCCGUAUCGAUUAGUGUUUCAUAUUUAGUCAGUUUUACUUCCGCAAUGAAAUACACAAAACCACACAGAUACAAGAUUGUGAAAAGGAUUAAUAAACAAAUCAAAAUAAUUGAA